AUGGCGAGUAUCGACGAGCUGUUCAAGAGGCCUAAUCUUCCUCCCAACUCCGGCUCGAUCAAGCGAAAGUUCGAAGCGCCAGACCCGCAAGCUGUGUACAAAGCCGCGAAGCUCUUCAGCACGUCCUCGCCGAACGGAUAUCACUCGAACGACGCAAAGGUCGAAGAUGCUGAAGACGAUGAUGACCUUGAGGCCGGUCCGGAGCUUCCUCGAGAGGACGACGAGGGCGACGACGAAGAAGGCCGGUUCUUUGGCACCGGCAUGACCAAAGACACAGCGGAGGCUCUAGACUACAUUGAUCAGCAAGAUGCAGAGACCUAUGCGGAAGAGAAGAUUGACCUUUCAUGGCUGCGACGACUCGCCAACAGCUUUCAAAAGAAAGUGGACAAGAAUGCAGAACUGCGAGCGAGAUAUGAGGAUGACCCUGCGAAGUUCAUGGAAAGCGAGGCCGAUCUAGAUGCGGAGGUCAAGAGCUGGAGCCUGCUCACUGAGCAUCCUGAGCUAUACGUCGAGUUGGCGAAGAUCGAGGGCGCAGUCGCGAGCGUGGUAGGACUACUGGCGCAUGAGAACACGGACAUUGCAAUUGGAGCGAUUGAAAUCAUUUCAGAGCUUUUGGAUGAAGACGUUCAAGCUGGGCAAGAGCAGUGGGAUGCGCUGGUAGCUGCAUUACUGGAUGCGGAUCUACUGGAAUUACUGAUGAGCAACCUAUCAAGAUUGGACGAGGAGAACGAGAGCGAUCGCAGUGGAGUGUAUCACAGUCUGGCGGUGAUGGAGAAUCUGGCCAGUCAGCAAUCGAUCGCGGAGAAAGUUGGGCAAGAGCGGGUACUGAUGUGGCUUUGCAAUCGAAUAAGUAAACCUGAGAAGCCCGUGAGCCAAAACAAGCAAUACGCGGCGGAAGUCCUGCAGGUUCUUCUGCAGUCAUCUCCGAGCCUACGCACGAAGCUGGCUAUCGACAUUGAUGGCGUAGACCUCUUCCUCCGACUCCUCUCUGCCUAUCGGAAACGAGACCCGCCCAAGGAUACUCACGAAGAGGAGUACGUUGAGAAUCUCUUCGACGGCCUAACAUGUGUCGUGGACGAAUCUGAGGGGAAGUCGAAGUUUGUUGAAGCGGAAGGUGUGGAGCUUUGUCUCAUCAUGUUGAGAGAGGGAACGAAGAACAUCAUGCAGCGAGCCCUACGAGUGUUGGAUCAUGCGGUUGGGGGUCAAGGAGCCCCUCCUGCUGGAGUCUGCGAAAAGAUCGUAGAUGCGGCAGGUCUGAAGACGAUUUUCAGCUUGCUCAUGAAGAAAUCUGAUAGCUCGACCGUCGAGCAUCUCCUGGGCAUCUUCUCGGCCUUGUUGCGAUUGCUGCCCGGAGAAUCGGCAGCGCGCAUUCGAACCCUUGCCAAAUUCACCGAGAAGGACCACGAGAAAGUCGCCAAGCUUAUGGGACUACGUAACGACUUCGCACGUCGAGUCGCCGUUGUGGACAAGGAGAUUCGGCAAGAACAGAGGGACAUGUCCGAUGACGAGAUCGAAGAACGGGAGGCAGAAUGGUUUUCAAGACGGCUCGAUGGAGGGUUGUUCUGUCUACAAACAAUAGAUGUCAUCCUAGCCUGGCUGAUUGCGGAAGACAAAGCUGUCAAGGCCAAGGUGUCUACGGAAUUGGGCGUGGAGGCAGGCUUGAAGCCUAUCCGAGCAAGUUUGGAAGAUCAGAUGAAAGGCCUAGAAGGAGGUAGUCCGGAGGAUCUAGACACGAGAGAGAUGCUGGAGACGCUAAUCGGCUUCUUGUGA